AUGGCUCUGGACGGGAUAAGGAUGCCAGAUGGCUGCUACGCGGACGGGACGUGGGAACUGAGCGUCCAUGUGACGGACCUGAACCGCGAUGUCACCCUCAGAGUGACCGGGGAGGUGCACAUCGGCGGCGUGAUGCUCAAGCUGGUGGAGAAGCUCGAUGUAAAAAAAGAUUGGUCUGACCAUGCUCUGUGGUGGGAAAAGAAGAGAACUUGGCUUCUCAAGACACAUUGGACCUUGGACAAGUACGGCAUCCAGGCGGACGCCAAGCUGCAGUUCACCCCCCAGCACAAGCUGCUCCGCCUGCAGCUUCCCAACAUGAAGUAUGUGAAAGUGAAAGUGAACUUCUCUGACAGAGUCUUCAAAGCUGUUUCUGACAUCUGUAAGACUUUUAAUAUCAGGCACCCUGAAGAACUCUCUCUCUUGAAAAAGCCCAGAGAUCCAACCAAGAAAAAAAAGAAAAAGCUAGAUGACCAGUCUGAAGAUGAGGCACUUGAAUUAGAGGGACCUCUUAUUACUCCUGGGUCAGGAAGUAUAUAUUCAAGCCCAGGACUUUAUAGUAAAACAAUGACCCCCACUUACGAUGCUCAUGAUGGAAGCCCUCUGUCACCGACUUCUGCGUGGUUCGGUGACAGUGCUUUGUCAGAAGGCAACCCUGGCAUACUUGCCGUCAGCCAGCCAGUCACAUCGCCAGAAAUCUUGGCAAAAAUGUUCAAGCCUCAAGCUCUUCUUGACAAAGCAAAAAUCAACCAAGGGUGGCUUGAUUCCUCGAGAUCUCUCAUGGAGCAGGAUGUGAAGGAGAAUGAGGCCUUGCUACUUCGAUUCAAGUAUUACAGCUUUUUUGAUUUGAAUCCAAAGUAUGAUGCAAUCAGAAUCAAUCAGCUUUAUGAGCAGGCCAAAUGGGCUAUUCUCCUAGAAGAAAUUGAGUGCACAGAAGAAGAAAUGAUGAUGUUUGCAGCUUUGCAGUAUCACAUCAAUAAGCUGUCCAUCAUGACAUCAGAGAAUCAUCUGAACAACAGUGACAAAGACGUUGAUGAAGUUGAUGCUGCCCUUUCAGACCUGGAGAUUACGUUGGAAGGGGGUAAAACAUCAACAAUUCUGGGUGACAUUACUUCAAUUCCUGAACUUGCUGACUACAUUAAAGUUUUCAAGCCAAAAAAGCUGACUCUGAAAGGUUAUAAGCAGUAUUGGUGCACCUUUAAAGACACAUCUAUUUCUUGCUACAAGAGCAAAGAAGAGUCCAGUGGCACGCCCGCUCAUCAGAUGAACCUCAGAGGAUGUGAAGUCACCCCAGAUGUAAACAUUUCAGGCCAAAAAUUUAACAUCAAACUCCUGAUCCCAGUUGCAGAGGGCAUGAAUGAAAUUUGGCUUCGUUGUGACAAUGAAAAGCAGUAUGCCCACUGGAUGGCAGCCUGCAGAUUGGCCUCCAAGGGCAAGACCAUGGCGGACAGUUCUUACAACCUGGAAGUUCAGAAUAUUCUUUCCUUUCUGAAGAUGCAGCAUUUAAACCCAGAUCCUCAGUUAAUCCCAGAGCAGAUCACAACGGAUAUAAAUCCUGAGUGCUUGGUGUCCCCUCGCUACCUAAAAAAGUACAAGAACAAGCAGAUAACAGCGAGAAUUCUGGAGGCCCACCAGAAUGUAGCUCAGAUGAGUCUCAUUGAAGCCAAGAUGAGAUUUAUCCAAGCGUGGCAGUCCUUGCCGGAGUUCGGCAUCACACACUUCAUGGCAAGGUUCCAAGGGGGCAAAAAAGAAGACCUUAUUGGCAUUACAUACAACAGGCUGAUCAGGAUGGAUGCCAGCACAGGAGACGCAAUUAAAACCUGGCGUUUCAGUAACAUGAAACAGUGGAAUGUAAACUGGGAAAUCAAAAUGGUCACGGUAGAGUUUGCAGAUGAAGUCCGAUUGUCCUUCAUUUGUACGGAAGUAGAUUGCAAAGUGGUUCAUGAGUUCAUCGGUGGCUACAUAUUUCUCUCCACACGGGCCAAAGACCAGAACGAGAGUUUAGAUGAAGAGAUGUUCUACAAACUCACCAGCGGGUGGGUGUGA